UGCUUAGAGGCACUCAGGAUGGUCCGGCGUUUGACAUACAGUCGUAGGCUUUCCUACAAUACAGCCUCUAACAAAACUUGGCUGUCUCGAACCCCUGGCAACAGGAUUGUUUACCUUUACACCAAGAAGGUUGGGAAAGCACCUAAAUCUGCCUGUGGCGUAUGCCCAGGCAGACUGCGAGGGGUUCGUGUUGUGAGACCCAAAGUCCUUAUGAGAUUGUCUAAGACAAAGAAGCACGUCAGCAGGGCCUAUGGAUCCAUGUGUGCCAAGUGUGUCCGUGACAGGAUCAAGUGGGCUUUCCUUAUUGAGGAGCAGAAAAUCAUUGUGAAAGUGUUGAAGGCACAAGCACAAAGUCAGAAAGCAAAAUAAAUGUGCAACUUUUUUAAGUAAUAAAAAUCAAGACUUGGUCUACAAAAAAAAAAAAA